UUCUGAUGGGGGUGAUGGUCCUCGCAGCUGUCGUUCUAUGACUGUCCGGCCGCCUGAUCCUCGCAGCUCACGGUCAGCGCCGCGGAUCGAUACCGGACGGUCACUAUGUUGUGGUUCCUGCUGGAAUUCGCCGUUAACCAUUUGUUGCUCUCCACUAUCUGCUGCUUUGUCGCAUCCACCAUUGUCUUAACAUGUUUCAACCGCCUUCGCUGCAGCAUGAAGAUCGAGCGGGCGCAGAAGAUGCGGGAACAGGCGCUGCACGCCAUGGAAAGACGUAUCGCAGACUUCAAGAAACAGCACGGGGACGUUGACUCCAGCAGGAUCCUCUCCCUCUCUCUGGUGGAUCUGGUGGAGCAGCUGAAGAAAGGGUCUCUGAGUCCGGAGAUGGUCCUCCAUGUGUAUAUGGAAAAGUCUUUGGAGGUGACCAAGGAAGUGAACUGUGUGACGGAUUUUCUAUCGGAAUGUGAGACGCAGGUUCAGGAGCUGAAGAAACAGCAGGAGAAAGGUCUUCUCUAUGGGGUCCCCAUCUCCCUGAAGGACAACGCUGGAUAUAAGGGGCACACCUCGCACUGUGGUCUGGUCCAUUAUCUGGGGGCGGAGGAGGCGGAGGACUGUGUCGUGGUCCAGGUGCUGAAGAGACAAGGAGCUGUCCCCUUCGUGAAGACCAACAUCCCCCAAUCCAUGAUCAACUUUGACUGCAGUAACUCCAUUUUCGGUCAGACCCUGAACCCCCACAACCAUAAGAAGACAUGUGGGGGCUCCAGCGGGGGGGAGGGCGCUCUGAUCGCAGCGGGGGGCGCUAUUCUGGGUGUGGGCACUGAUGUCCUGGGAAGUAUCCGGAUGCCGAGCAGCUUCUGUGGGAUCUGUGGACUGAAGCCUUCUGGGGAACGCCUGAGUGAUCUUGGAUUUCUUACUCCGGUCAGUGGGAUGAAGUCAGCGGUGUCGAUGCCAGGCCCGAUGGCGCGGGAUGUGGACAGCUUGGCCUUGUUUAUGAAAGCCGUUUUAUGUGAUGACCUCUUCCAGCUCGACCCCUCGGUGCCUCCAGUCCCAUUCAAUGAUGAGAUAUUUACCAGCAGGCGGCGUCUGACCAUUGGCUUCUAUGACACUGAUGGAUACUUCCUGCCGCACCCGAGUGUGAGACGAGCCGUACAGGAGACCAAGACCCUGCUGGAGGAGGCGGGGCACAAG